UAAACAUCAAACACAUUUAUUGAUAUUGAAACGCAAUUCGUAGGCUACAGUGGUUGUAGGAUGUAGAAAAAUAGUAAAUAACAUAUUCACAAGAUCCACUGUAUGAUGACAGUAAAAACGUUAACGCUUAUUCGUUACAUUUUGAUUGUUCAUAUUAUACCGGGAAAAUGGAACACAUUUCUGUUAAAUGGCUGGAUUUCAAAAACAUGUCGUUUAUUUUUUUGAUGUUGCGCGGACACUGCAGUGUUUCCCGUGACGCAUUGCAAUGGAAUGGAGAACUGAAACACUGAUAGACGGUGGCGGCGGCGGCACUGGUGGCGCGUGAGACCGGUGCAUAUAAAUACACCCUCGUCUCAGUUCAAGCGCGACCACUGUCACAUUUGUUAACGAUAUUUUUUUUUUGAAAGAAGUGGCAUACGAGGUUUACUUUCUGAUCAGGCAACUGGCACGUUCUCAGGCGGCUUCUUUGCAAGUGUUGCGAAGACCUUUUGGGAUUUCAAGGUAUUUUAUCUAUUUUACACCACAUUCCUCAAAACCGGUUACUGUAAAUUUUAAUCCGGGAAAUGCUCUCAUCUGCAACGUAGAUUUGAUAGCGUUAAUUUGAUGUCGAUUUGACGAUCUAAAGCUAGAUUAAAAUGUUAGGACGAGUGCCUCAGCAGCACAGAAAGCAGGUAGAUAUCGUUUCAUUUUGUGACCUUCCAAUUAAUAGAAUUUCAACAGGCGAAUCAAUGGAGUCAUAUUAGAACGGUGCGCCUGGAAGCCAAACCUGUUCUGCGACUGUUAUUACGGUGCUAGAAAGGAAUUGUCAGCUGAUUUUUCACAUGGUCUUUCAGUUAGAAGGUGCAUGUAUUCAGACUGCACUUGCAGGUAGUUGGCUUUCUUUAGUCGACUUCUUUCCUCAGCAAGGCGUCUACUAUGUGUCCGGAAGGCAUGAUGAAAUGUGAUCCGGAGGCGCCCUCGUCUCAGGGGUCGGUGGAGUCAGCCAUCAGGUGCAGGGAUGUGUGUCGGUCAUUCGGGAAGCUGAAGGUCCUCAGCAGCCUGAACCUGACAGUGCCCCAGGGCCGCAUUUAUGGCCUACUGGGGCCAAGCGGCUGUGGGAAGACCACGCUCCUGAAAUGCAUCGUGGGAAUGCUAAAGAUCUCACGCGGUCACAUCACGGUCCUGGGAAAGCCGCCUGCUUUCCCGGGACACGAGGUCCCCGGGAAAAUGGUGGGCUUCAUGCCCCAGGACCUGGCCCUGUACGAUGAGUUCACCAUCAGUGACACUCUCUGGUUCUUUGGCCGAAUCCACGGGCUGUCCUCCAAAGACACUGAGGCCCGCAUAGAUUUCCUCAUCGACUUCCUGAAUCUCCCACAGAGGACCAGACUGGUCAGGAACCUCAGCGGAGGCCAGAGGAGGAGGGUGUCCCUUGGCGCUGCUCUCCUGCAGAAGCCUCAGCUGCUCAUCCUGGACGAGCCCACCGUGGGAGUGGACCCCGUCCUGAGAGCCAAGAUCUGGCAGCACCUGGUUGAGAUUGUGAAAGGAGGACAGGUGUCAGUCAUCAUCACCACCCAUUAUAUUGAGGAGGCAAGGCAAGCCAAUGUGGUGGGGUUGAUGCGGAAUGGGCGCCUGCUGGCCGAGGCCCCCCCGGACACCGUCAUGAAGCAGCACAGCACGGCGACCUUGGAGUGCGCCUUCCUACAGCUGUGUGAGUCAUCAGACCAGACCCUGUCAAAGAACGGCUCCACCCCCGAUGGCCGUGAGAAGGAGGGCAGCCAAUCGUCAGAGAGCUGCCGGGAUGAGAGCCAGCCCAUUCUGAGCCUGGGGUCUGAACUGGAUACAGAGGAGCCAAAAUUCACAGUGGAUUGGAAGGUGCGAGCGAGACACAUGAUCCCAAAGUGGCGGAACAUUGCAGCCCUGAUGAUCAAGACUAUGGUGCGGAUGAAGAGAAUGCCGGGGUUCCUGUGCUUCCAGUUCUUGUUGCCUGCAAUCCAGAUCUCUCUGAUGUGCCUCUGCAUCGGAGGGGACCCCCUGGGGAUCCAGGUUGCCGUGGUGAACAACGAGACGAGUCAAUCCUCCCUGAGCCGAUCUCUGCUGUCCUUCCUGGACAACACCAGCGUGCACCAGGUGGCGCUGUCGCACUCAGAGGCCUUUGCCGGGAUUCGGGAUGGAGAGUACUGGGGCGUUUUGGGCUUUGGAAAAAACUUUUCCAGCUAUCUGAUGAAGAGAAUGGUGCAGACCAGAGUGUCUUUGGAGGUUGCGGAGGGGGGUUCCGUGCAUGUGUGGCAGGAUUUUACCAAUCGGCAAAUUGCUCUGAUGCUCCAGAAUAAGCUUCAAGAAGCAUUUCAGGCAUUUGUGAAAAAUAAACUGGGCAGCAGGUCUUACCUGGUCUCCCUGCCCAUUAAGUUUGAGGAGCCUAUCUACGGCAGCAACAGCACUGACUUCACCACCUUUGUGACACCGGGAGCCAUUUUGAGCAUCACCUUCUACUUGGCUGUGGGUCUGACUGCCCUGUCCUUCGUACUGGAGAGGAAGGAGGGGCUGCUGGACAGGUGCUGGGUGGCAGGUGUGAGCUCUAUGGAGACCAUGUUGGCUCAUCUCCUCUCCCAGCUCUUUGUCAUCAGUGUACAGAUCAUCCUGCUCCUACUCUUCACCCUCCUUGUCUUCAAGAUCCCGAACGAAGGCUCUCUGUUCUUGGUCAUCCUGCUGAUUGUCCUGCAGGGUGUGACGGGCAUCUCCUUCGGUCUGGUUAUCUCCGCUGCCAUUGACGACGAGCAGUCAGCCAAUCAGGCUGCCCUUGGCAUCUUCUACCCCAACCUCAUCGUGAGCGGCAUCCUCUGGCCCGUGGAGUGCAUUCCCUAUCCACUGCGCUACAUCAGCCUGGCACUGCCACAGACCUAUGCUUCUGAGGCCCUGCGCUGUAUCAUGUACAGAGGAUGGGGUCUCUCACAUAUGAUGGUGUGGCGUGGCUUUGUGGUCACCCUUGGCUGGAACACAUUCUUCCUCAUCCUGGCCACAGUCAUCCUCAAGCUCCGGACUUGAAUGGCCCAAGCCUGGGAAGAUGCAACGGGUUUGGGGGCACAACACUAGGCAAGACCCAGGCUCCAUGGAGUGACCCAGGCCCCAACCCCUAGCCCAGAGGAUACUACCCCUCCUCUGCUUUACUGUUAGGAGGGGGUGCUCUGGACAGAGCUCAACUGCUCCCUCCUGAGCACAACCUUGUGUAGGCUGACAAGCCAAGGUGUUAAACAAGCACCAGAACAAAUUACCUCAGGAUCACUCACUUCAGAAAAUUGAUGCUUUUCUACUGCCAUUCCACAGGCCCCGUUUGUCUUAUUUACCAUGAAUAAUAUGCAGUAUAUAUCUAUAGGUGUAUUUUCUUUUGAUUUACAUGCAUUAUAUACUGAACAUUUAAAUGUGAACUGUGUGUAGGUUAGAUUGUUAGUAUUAUGAGAAGGCUGCUUAUGUGUAAAGAGAUUUAGCGAAAAGUGGGUGUGAGCUGCAGACCCCAGCUGCCUCAUCCAGAGAAAUAGCCUUUCUGCAGUGCGUUGCUCGAGGUUCACUGGAGCAAUACCCCUCUACAGUUCACUGCCAUGGUUACCAGGCGUUCUAAGCACACAGUGUACUCUCCUGUUCAGUGUUGUUACCUUCUGAUUAUCUGGGUGUCGAGCCUUUCCUUCUUAGAGUGUCUGCCAUGUGCCUGUCUGCCCCGUGGGAAAGGGGCCGGGUGGUGUGAGGAGGCGACAAACUCCUGGUGAGGUUUAACUGUCUACAGUGCCCCCUUGUGCUGGCCAGAAGCAAGGCUACUGGGUUAGGUUAGCCAAAAGCAGGGAUGUCCCUCCUGCGAGCAGCACAGCCUUGUGCUCGUAGCUCUUCUACAGUGAAUGUUGCUUAGUGAUGGUACAUAUGAUAUGGUGGUUUUGUGCGGGGCUAGUUUUUUCCAUUGUGUGCUAUUGAGAAACUUCAAUGAAAAAACCCAACAAUGUUUACACUCUGGUGCCUAUGAGAGGGUUGGAGAGAACGUUUGGAGGACCUGGACUGGAUCCAGGCAGAAUCAAACUAGUCUGUUUACGCUCUUGCGUUUGUGUUUUUAAAUGGUCGCCAUUUUAUUGUGCUUUGGGCUGAACGUAAGCCGCAUGUGUAUCAAGGUCAGCUGCUACCUUAAAACUGCGAAGUUAUUUGUAUCCAUUGCAUUUUUUAUAGACAGAUUUUAUUAACAGUAAUUACAGACAUUUUAGGAUGCUUAAUUUACCGGAUAAAAGAAAAUUGUGAUAUGUAUUUAGGAAUGUCUGAUGAAAUCGAAUUUAAAACAUAUAGAAGUAGCAUGAUUUGUGAUUUAUUCUGUGGGGAGAGUUGGAAAACAGUACCACAUGUCAAAAGAAUAAACAGAACCUCUUGGACUGGGGGGUUCAAUAAAGUUUGCCCACCCUGAAUGAUACAAACAAGGAAAGAGCUGCAUCUACCGGGGGGAAGAAACCCAUCUGCACCAUGGGCUGUGAUGUAGGAACAGGCUUUGAAUCAUUAGCCCCAAUUCUCUUGCUGCUCUUGUUGAUAUUGUUCUUGAGUUGUUCUUGUUGCUUUUACCAGAAAGGGACAGCAGCACGUUCCCCUGCCUGGUCUUGUGCUCAGAGCUGGGUUUUCCUGUCCGUCCGUUCCACUGCGUGUGCUCCGCCAGUUGCUUUCACUGAGAUGUUCUGAGUUGGUCUUCCCAAACCUCUGCUGCCCCAACCUUGGACAGGCUUGCUGUGCUAGGCUCAUUCCAAACCUCCAAUGGGAUUGUGGGAGUUUAUUUCUGCCAAGCUAGCAGGGAACAGGAUUGCCAUCAACAAAGACAAGAAACACUAUUUGAUUCCAAAUGCAUUCGGUGUAAUGUGCCAUGUGGUCUACUUAAACAUCCUGUGCCAAAGUAAAAGGUGAAAAUGCUAAUUCUCUAGCUCACUAAUUCUACAACAACAACAAAAAAGAAAAACUACAUUUUUGAAAUGGGAUGCCAAUACUUUGGAAAUAUUUACUGAUUAUUGAGACAUUAAUAAAUGUACACAUCCACAAAGUGUAUAGACUAGUGGACAUCCACAGUGCAGUGUUGAGAGUCGCAGCGUGAUCGUGACUGCGUAUUCAAAACUGGGGAGAAAAGCAUAAAAAAGUGAUGGAUCCCUGCCAACGAGCUACCUCUGUGAAUCUCCCCGACUCUGCCUGUUCCUACUUAUCAGCAAUAUGCCUGUUCCAUAAAAAAAUGAAAACUGAUGUAUGUCUUUCGAAAAACAAUAAACAUUUAUAAGAAAUACU